AGGGGGAGGGAGAUGGAGAGAGCGUGUAUAACUUUGGGGAAGCAUAAGAAGAGGCAGCACAGGAGGCAAAGUUUUCUCUGUCGACUGCUUUGUUUUGGACUUAUUUUGACAUUUAAACCAAAGACUAUUUGAUUGCUUUUUCUUGCUCAAGACUUAUUUCUGUGUGGUCAACAUUUUGCAUUUUUAUAUGAUUAUUUCUUCACUGUCUUCAGCUUGGAAGAAGGCGUGAUUGCACACACACACACACACACACACACACACACCUGUUGUUGCUGAGGAUUUCCCCGGGAGCGCAGUCAUGGGCAUCUGUGUCACCGUUGCUUGAGGGCAUCUGCAGUGUGUGCGUCUGUGCAGUCGUUCUCAGGAGGAGGCCCGGCUCACUCUUACAGUAGACACUGACCUGCAUGUUCCCUGUAGAGGAGGGAGAUGUCGUCCUACUACUCACGCAACAAGGACCUGACUCGCACCAGGAGGUCGCUGACAGACUCUCCACCCUCCUCUCCUUCCCCUACAGACAAAAACGUCAGACAUGACAGACUGUCAAGAUAUGACUCCAGUGGAGAGAGUGCCACAGAAAAGCCACUGGGCCGCACCAGCUCUUACACACGAAGAGAGACAAGACUGGCCUCGCUGAAUAAACAGGAACAAGACUCUGCCACCAAAGACUACAAGAAGAUGUACGCUGAAGCUUUGCACGAAAAUGAGAGGCUGAAGUCCAGGUUGCAGGACAGCAAACAGGAACUGGUUAAGAUUCGUACGCAGCUGGAGAAAGUCACUCAGAGACACGACAGGUUAUCAGAGAAGUCAUCAGUACUUGAAUCAGAGAAAAGGGAAAAGCGAGUUCUGGAGAAAAGAGUGUCAGACAUGGAAGAGGAGAUAAAGAUCUUAACGGAGCUCAAGUCAGACAACCAGAGGCUGAAGGAUGAGAACGGGGCGCUCAUUCGAGUCAUCAGCAAACUGUCCAAAUGAACAAAGAUUAUCUGAAGCUCCGUGGACACAGUUUAAAUAUCCCCGACAUCCAAAGUUGUGCCUCCUCUCUGGUGAGAAAUAACUGGUGCAGAAUCUAAAACAGAGUUUUACAUGAGUUUCUAUGAUUUUUUUCCACUUAAAUGGGUUUCUGUUAUUUUUUUAAUACAAAGUAUUUUACACUAAUCAAAUAGGGACCAGUUGUAAAUCCAGGCGUUUGCAUGAAGAUACUGCGUCUGAUAUUAUUAUCCACUUAAUCUCUCUGAGAAGUUUGUUACUUUACAAAAAAAAAAAGAGAAAGUAUUUUAAUGAUCUAAUUCAUGAAUGGAAAGAAAUUGAUUACUACUGAAAUGUUCAGCGACAGAAGUGUAUGUUACUGCUGUGCCACAGAAAUAAAAAAAAAAUGGAUCAGUUUCACAUUGUAAAGUGAAAAGUUUGUCGUUAUUACGUAACAGUAGGACAAUAAAAAAUGUCAAAAAACCUUUCUGGAUUAGCUAUAUAUGUGAUUUAUUGUUAAAACAUAAAACAUUUCAUUUCAUUUCAUAAUCCAUAUAUUGUUAUAAUUCAUGUUUGAAUGAGGAACUUAAGUUCUAUGUUGUUGUAGUGUGAUACUGGUGUGGGCUUAUAUUACUCUUGUGUUUGGGUUUGAAAACAUGGCAUCAUUAAAGGCUCCAAAAUUGGUUUCGAUGAAUUCAUUAAAAUGAAUUUUCCAUUCAGGAUUUAAAACCAGACUCAGGUAAAAUGAAACCCUGCAAACGAUCUGUUCUAAAGAAAGGAGUGAAAACACCAGGCAGAGAAAAGAUGGAUUGCUUUUAGACAACUGAGUUGUUUUUUUAAAAAAAGAAACAGUCUGACAAUCACUUUUUAUCAUUUCUGUCCUUUUCAAGGGAAUCUUUGUAUUUAAAUAAUUUUGUAGUACUUUAAAGAAAUGUCCAGGUUCUGGGUAAAAGCACUUUUGAUCUUUAAUCACACAGGCAUCACUUGCAGCACAGUAUCCGCUUCAGAGUGGUUUCCCUUAUUUUGCUGAUCCUGCAUGAUCCUAACUGAUGCUUUGACAUCUAUCUUUCUUUAAA